AUGCUUCCAGUCGUGCGGUACGACCGAGUGGCUGACUACUCGCCGCCCCGCUGGAGGGUGCUGUGGGUCGAAGGCCGCCUCGACUGCCGCACCUGGAGUUACUACUGUGACGUGCGCUCGGCCUUCUCCGCGUUGCAUGAGGUGAUUCGGGUGUCUCACAGUUCAGUGAUCGAGGCCGACGCAGCAACCGGAAAGUGUCGCCUCGACGCGAAGCGCUUCCAGCUGAUCGUGGUUGGACCGCGGUACGCGACGAACGUGGUCAAUGCACUAGAGCCACUUGGGCUCAGCCGCGCUCAGCUGGCAACGGUCCCGCUGGUGGUGCUGCAAAAUAAGAUGUACACCUCGGCCACAGAGCUCACGGGAUCAGUCACCGCGAAGCUGCAGUGGGCGACCAACCUCGGCGCCGCUGCAGGAUUCACGUGGCUCGGAAGCCGCAAGGCGGCUGAGUUCACGGCAAGUGGUGGGCUGCCGUAUCACUGGAUGCCCUUCGGGGUGGACGCGUCCGUUUACGGGAAGUUUGCAGGCAACUUCACCGACCAACCAUUUGACAUCGGCUUCACGGGCUCGAGCGGACCCAAGUAUGCUCUCAGGGCGGAGAUCACCGCAGCACUGCGCAGUGACCCGGCCCGGCUCCGGACUUACUUUGGGUCUUGGGACAAGAAGAACGUUGCGGGCGGUGGCGGCAACCGGUGGUUCACAUUGUCGCGAGUCAACUACGUGAAGCAGAUCGCGCGCACCAAGAUUUGGGUGAGCACGACUGGCCCGGAGGGGAUUGUUGGAACGCGCUUCUUCGAGGUGCUCGCUUCGGGCACGACGCUACUGCUGUGCAACCGCGUGAACGAGACGUCGCUCUGGGAGGACGGCGUGCAUUUGGUGAUGUUCGACGGCAUGGAGGACAUGCUCCGAAAGGUGCACCACUAUCUGAGCCACGAGGAGGAGAGGCGUGCGAUCGUCACCGCCGCCCGCACCCUGGUCCUCGAGCGGCACACGUGGGCUGCCCGUGCAAAGUUUCUAACGCGUGCGACGGAGGAGGCGAUAGCGCGCCACCCGCCGGAGGUGCCCUGGUUUGUGGACGGGAAGCUGUCGCCGCAGACUGGGCCGCCACGCGACGGCGGCAAGAGCCUGCUACUCGGCUGCUACAUGCCCACCAACACCUCCCACCGGCAAAGCAGCUUCUGGGCCGGCACCAUCUACGCCCUCGACGAAUGGCGCGCGGAGCGGCGCGAGCAGCGGCCGCCGGCUCAGCCAAGCCGCAACAGCGGGAGCGAUGGGCUCGCGGACUCGUAA